AAUUAUGAAUUGUGCUAUACGUGACACCCCUACUUUGACCAAGUGGUUCGUUCUGCUGUUCUGCGCGGAACCCAUCGUUGUUAUGAGGAAGUGAAGGGCGGUGGUUGAGUAAAAGAGCAGCGGGUUAGCUGACGAGUAUCGGCUUGUGUAAGAAAAAACAGUCAAAAUGUCGAGCAAAAGGGCAAAGGGAAAGACCACCAAGAAGCGCCCUCAGCGCGCCACCUCCAAUGUCUUUGCCAUGUUUGACCAGUCUCAGAUUCAGGAGUUCAAGGAGGCUUUUAACAUGAUUGACCAGAACCGUGAUGGGUUUGUGGACAAAGAGGACCUUCACGAUAUGCUUGCCUCACUGGGUAAAAAUCCAACUGAUGAGUACUUGGAGGCCAUGAUGAACGAAGCUCCUGGGCCCAUCAACUUCACUAUGUUCCUCACCAUGUUUGGCGAGAAACUAAAUGGCACAGACCCUGAAGAUGUGAUCAGAAAUGCUUUUGCUUGCUUUGAUGAGGAGGGGACAGGCUUCAUCCAAGAAGAAUACCUCAGAGAGCUGCUCACAACAAUGGGUGACCGGUUUACAGAUGAGGAGGUGGACGAGCUCUUCAGGGAGGCUCCCAUUGACAAGAAAAACAACUUCAACUAUGUGGAGUUCACACGCAUCCUAAAGCAUGGUGCCAAGGAUAAGGACGAUUAAAGAGCUGUUCCAGCAUAUUCCUCUCUGCCUCUCUUCAGUCAGCUAGAAAAGUGUGCUGCAUCUCCCAACUCCAGUAUAAAACCCGUUUCAAACAAACCAAAGCAAUAACUAUCCACUUUAUUUUGGUGUGAACUUCCAGUAUUGCCAAAAGUACACAUCUCUGAUGGAAAGAAAAAAAAGUGUUGUGAAUUUUUUUCUUUUGUGUAAUGUGGCAGCACUUUGGAAGCUCUAAGGGAUAAGUCUUUGCAAUUUAUGUAAUCGGGUUUAGCUGAAUUUUUACAUUUUAUAAUAUAAACUUUUUAAAAUAAAGCCCUCUAUCAUGUUGUAUUUUGCUGUUUCCCUUCCAUAAAUGCCAGCUGAAGUACA